GACAUCGUUUGGUUUCAGUUUUUGACAUUUUCAAAAAUAAUUUGAUGUUUUUAAUCUGUUUUAAUCGAUGAGUAACACCUAUAUUUAUUGUUAAGUUUUUAGGCCUAUAUAGGUGUAGUUUUUUUUAAAUUAAAAAUCGCUAUCGAAUAAAAAUAUAGUUUGAAAAUGACUGAAACAAACGACGAUGCCAAUAACACCAGGCUGAUUGAGCUGAAAAAAUUCUUUAUUUUCAAUUCGAAAUACGGAUCCACCGAAGGCGAGGAGAAAAAUAAAAUAAUGUUCUAUCAUCCAGCCGAAAGUGAAUUGGAUACGAAAAUUAAAGACGUCGGACUAUGCGAAGCUAUUGUCAAAUUUACCAAUACAUUUACAGCAGAUGAAAGUAUAUAUUGUAUGCGAACGCAGAAAACGUUGCAGUUAUUUUUCAAACCUGAAGACGAGUUUUGGAUGAUAAUGAUUGUUAAUGCACCGUCGGAACGAAAGACUCGCUUGAGCGAAGGACAGACUGUUGCAUCAGAGUACACCGAAUAUCGUUGUGAAGAUGCUCAUGAAAUCGUGUACCGAGAAGUUCUUAAACAAUCCUACAAUAUGUUUCGUCUAUUCAACGGAACAUUUGGUGAUAAUUUGGUCGGUGAAAAUGACAUACAACAAGUCGAUUCUCUUAUAGCCAAAUUGACGAAAUUUUAUGAAAAGUAUGUAACAACGCUAAAGUCUCGCAACUGUGAUAUUUUGGAUGUUUUCCGUAGUAUUCAGUAUAUGCCACUGAACAAAUUCCAGUUCCUUAGGGUUCAUAACUUUAUUCAAAUGAUUGAAUCAACUUUUGUUGCAAUCAAUCACUGUAUAUUCCUAUUCAACGAACAAUUGGUAUGGAGUGGAAUAAAUCCAAGCGAUUUAUAUUCAAUAUAUGAGUAUUUGACUGGAUUAUUAUUUCCAAAAAGUUCGGCGGAUGAUGUUCGCGGUGGAUCGUUGACUCGAAACUAUUCGAAUGUUUUAGAUACACAGUAUGGUGCCUAUUUGGCUGGACCAACUAAUCAAAGUGACAACUGCAAAAAACCACCAACGGUUUAUAUUUGUAAUAAUGGAGAGUGCCAAGCAUAUAAAAUGAUUGUUUACAAUGCGCUCAGUGGAACUUUGUGCAUGUUUGUUAAAGAUAAAAAUGCAUUAACCAACGAGUUUUAUGAGGAAUUACAUUCAUUUAUUGGGCCCCAGUUGACCAAUAUAGCAUCAGAGAUAGCUGAAAAUUUAACCAAAGAGACUGUUACGGGAAAAUCAUUGCUCUGUACAUCAUCUUUAUCAUCGUCAUCCACAUCGAUUGCAAAUUCAAAUUCGGAUGAAUCGACGCAAACAACAAAAUAUUUAUUCUUCAACGAAUUAAAUUGCCAACACAAUGGAACCAUUCAUCUCAAUCAAAAAUUGUAUAAAAAGAAGCGAUCAAUUCCACGUGAAAUAAUGAAUUUACUAAAUGAUUUAUAUGUACAAGAUGCAAAUACGUCCAGUUCAUGUGAAAUCAUUGUAAAAACAUUGAGCGACUAUUGGAUCGUCAAACGAUCGACCAAUUUCAGGCACUCCUUUGUAAUAUUCAAUAAAAAUGCCACACUACUAGACAUCGCCGAAGAGGCAAACAAAAUCUUUGACACACAUUUAAACGAUGUCUUUAGUCAUGUUUAGAAUUUGAAUACAAUCCAUAACAUAGUGUAUCCAUAAUUAAAAUUUUGAUUUAAUAAAAUAAAAUUGUGUAGACUAUAGAAGCUGAGAAAAAGAAAAUAAAACGAUCAAUGGUUGGCUUUUUGG